UGCUGAGCACCAAAGUCUUCUGGGCGAGCGAGCCAAAGCAGUGCAGUUUGCCGGCUGCAGCGGGUGGGGGUCUCCUGGCCUCAUGGGUCAGCUGGAGCCAGUGAGCCGGGGAUGGAGAUGACUGCUGCCUCUGAGGGAGGCACCCGCCAGGGGCCGGAAAAUAAGCAUGAAGAGAAAGUGCAGGAUCCCGACAGAGGAGAGGCAGAGACCAAGGCAGAGAUGGGGAACAAAACAUGGGCAGACCUGGCUGGGGAGAUGAAGACUUUCCUGUGGAACCCAGAGGACAGAACCUGCAUGGGGAGAACAGCCAAGAGUUGGGGCCUGAUCUUACUGUUCUACUUCAUCUUCUACACGUGCCUGGCGGGGAUGUUUGCCUUCUGCAUGUACGUGAUGCUGCUCACCCUGAGUCCCUACACACCCACCUACCGGGACCGUGUGUCUCCACCAGGAGUAAUGAUCAGACCAUACCUGAACGGCUUUACUAUUGCCUUCAACGUCUCCAAGCCCAGCACGUGGCAGCCGUAUGUGGACAGCAUGCACCAGUUCCUAGCAGCUUACGAUGACAAAGUUCAAGAGGAGAAGAACAUCGAGUGCGUCUCAGGACAGUACUUCAUCCAAGGGGGCAACGACAGUGAGGAGAAGAAGGCCUGCCAGUUCAAGCGCUCACUGCUGCAGAACUGCUCGGGGAUCGAGGAUCCGACGUUUGGCUUCUCUAAGGGCCAGCCCUGCAUCCUGCUGAAGAUGAACCGGAUCAUAGGCUACCGCCCUGGUGCAGGGGUCCCUGUGAACGUGGACUGCAAAGUGCAGAAAGGCAAUGAGAGCGAUCUGAGGUCAGUGGAUUUCUACCCUGGAAACGGCACAUUUGACCUCAUGUAUUACCCCUACUACGGCAAGCUCACGCACGUCAACUACACGUCCCCCCUGGUGGCCAUGCACUUCACAGACGUGAAGAGGAAUAGUUUGGUCCACAUUCAGUGCAAGCUGAAUGGGAAAGGGAUCAUCAAUGACGUUAACAGCGACCGCUUCCUGGGCCGGAUCAUCUUCACACUCAGCAUCGGAAAGUAGUCAGUAAACACAAGGCGUGAGGUUAAGUCAGUCAGAGGCUUUUCCCUUUUAAAACAUAAAGACUAGUUUUUUUUUUUCUUUUUUCUCCCACUAGGAAAACAGACAUGGAAAUUUUUAACUUAUUUUUUUUUUAUAGUUAGGAAACAAAUGAGAUGCAACCGCAUCUUUCAGCAUCUGAUAAAUCACAAUUAGUAAAUAUUAAAAGUUACACCUUGGGCAGAGAAUUUGCAAAAGCAUUUCAGUUUUUAUUAGAAGAACUCUGGUACCUGAACACUGUUUCCAUAAGAUCUUUUACAUGUGACCUCUGUUUUAAUCUUUACAAUAGUUUUAGGUGCACUUCUCAGGCAACAGCUAACGAGAUGGUGGUUUAUCAGUACUAUUCCUGUUCAAAUACCAAACAGCAAACGUUCUGGAUGAUGCUUGCAAUGACAGUUAAGAAGAUAUAACGGCAAACCUCAAUGUGCCACUGGGACUGCUGGCAGCAGCAGCACCCUGCCUGCAGCUCUGCCCACCCGGCCCAUACAGGGUGCUGCAGCCAAGGCUGCUUGGCCCCAUCCCCAACUCCUGGGCCAACAGUGCAGCUCUGCCAGCCCUGAGAGGCCUUAACAAGGCUUCCUCCGUGUUAACGAUGAUCACGUUAAUUGCUAUCUUUGUUCCCUAGGACAGCAAGGCACAGCGGUGAUUUCAGCAUCUAGGCAAACACUUUGUUUCUACAGGCACUCGGACUCACUUUAGUUUUGAUUAUUUGGAAAAUGAGAUCUUUUAUUAUAGUCGCCUUCAUAUUUAACAUACAGAGGGCGUAUUUCUCCUCUCAGUUACAAUCAGGACAGGACACGGUAGGACCAUGCACUUAGGAGAGCACACUUAGUAAAACUACUGACUGAACGAGAGCAUUGUGGUAUGUUUGCCCUACAUCCUCGUCCAGAUACUUACUCUGCCAUCACUGCUGAUCUAUAUAAGUCUCUAAGAAGCCCUUUUUGUAUUUAUUAAAAUAAAGUGACUACUGUCUAAUUAACUCUGUGUAUCAUUCUUAAAACCCGAGUGGGAUUUGUGGCUUCAGCCUCUUCACUGCUCACAGGGGACCAACCUUCACAGCUGCAAGUACUGCGAGCAGUGAAUCCUGAGCUCCAGUAAGCUCCCAGAACCCCAGAGCUUGGAAGCUCAGCGCAGAGAAGUCUCACGCUAUGGUAUCACAGCCGACCAUUCAGCAACAGCUGUUUCUUAAAAACCAUCAAAAAUAUUAACCAAAGAAUAGCUUCUGCUGACAGACACUGCAGUGGCACUGCUUUUGGCAUCAGAAAUAAGUUACGGCCACAGGUAUCACAAUCGCUGUAGGUCUGUUAAAGCACUCUUCCUUUUGUUGGAUCUCGAAGGGAAACAUCCCCCAUUGCUUCAUGCCAACCCACAGGACUGCUGAGAAGCCCUGGGAAACGCACAUCUGCCUAUGCUAAAGCAGAACUGCACCACCAUCAGGGUUCAGCUUGCUUUCCAUACACGUUCUGCACUCAGCAGGUUCAUUCCAAAUCUGGAGAAUUGUAUACAUCAUUCUGCAUGCUACAACCUUAAAGUGCUGGCUCAGUUUCUGACCUCUAUUGAAGUCCAGAUUAGUCCUUUCUAUGCACAUAAAUAUAUAUAAAAUGCUUGUACAUCCAGGAAAUUGCCAUAUUUUAGCAAAAUAAUGCAGCAAGCGAUGCUGAAGUGGUGUGAGACAGUUUGGUCUACAACCCAAGCACAGAGCCGCAGCUGGAAUGCACUUGCUGCAGCAGAGCAGAGGGGCCCAUCACUGCUAACUCCAGGCAGCUCCAAGAGCCACCUCUGUCUGACCAACAGGCACUGGUGGGACCCAAGCAGCACUCAGCCACAGACCAUGAGCUUCUCUUUUAGUACAGUUCUGGUGUGGAACACAAAACUGGAAAAAAAGAACAGGAAAAGCAGCUUUGGACAAGUCAGGUGCUCUUUUCCUUUACAAGUCAUUUUCUUUACUAUAGAGUUUCUGCUUCACGCUCACCAUUUCUCAUACCAGAGUUCUUGUGCUCUUACCCUGUUCAAAAUUUUGAGAUAGAUAGUAAUAAUUAGGAGGUUAAAGCCAGAUUAAUCCUAUAAAUAAAUUCCUAGACUGCAGCUUUUCAGCGAUCCCCUUUUUGCCAGCGAAACUGCAAGGAUCUCAGCGCAACGCGCUCUUCAUCCUCAGAACAUCCAACCCUCACGCCUGCUCUUCUCACAAGUCCCUUUUAGCACAGAGCCAGAGCUGAGGCAACCUGCUGCCAGUGAGGUUCCACCCUCCCAUCCUCGUUCCACAAUUGAAUUCAGAACAAAAAGGAGAAGACAGCCAAAGAAAGCAACACAAAAUGUGAGCUUUAGUGGACCGUUGGCUUUCCUGAGCAGUGAGAACUCUCCAGGACUGAGUCUCAUCUUAGCAAACAGGGGAGUUACAGGCACACUAGUGCAAAGCAAUUGCAAACACAUUAGCAGUCAGCCUCUCCAUGCUCAUCUUCAACACAUGAAUUUACUAGAAGAGUAACGUUCUCCUCAUAGUAGGUUGAUUUAUUAGUGAGGUACUAUCUUUACAUUCAGAAGGAGGAAAUUCAGACCGGUUCACAGGAACAAGCUGCUAAACGAUGAAAGAAGACAACAGCCACAAGCCAGGUUCCAGACAGAAGCACCUUGAGCUUUGUUUUCAUUUUCCCACACCAUGUACAAUGCUUCUCAGUGCAGCAUUUAUCAUGUGGUUUUAACUUUAUCAAUAUCUGAUAGCUGUACACAACUAGAAAUUUUCUCAUAUAAAAGGACUGAACAACAAAAGGAAGGUCUCAGUGUCAUCUGUAGUCAAUCACAUCUCUCACAUGGACACACGUAACCCCGCUCACUUCUAUGGUCCUCAGAACACUUUCUCCAAAAACCAUACAGUAGCUUCAAGUAAAUUUCCAAUUCAUCUCAUGCUGUAUUAUUUUGUUGUGAUGUGUUUUUUAAUUUUUAAUUAAAAAAACGAAGAACUUUUUGUUUUUAAAGGGACAGGUCAGGAGAAGAGCACGGGGGUGGCAGCAGAGAAAUAAUUAAGAAAUUAU